GUGUCUGGGGCGGGAGCCUGAGGCGGUGGGAGGAAGCAGAGCAGCUGUGGUAUUUGGAGCAAGUAUAAAUAGCCGCCUGGACGGAGCUUGGCGAAACAGGGCUUUGCAGCUGCAGCGGCUGUGCAGGCGGGACUGGCCACUGUUGGCCACGGUGGGUGCAAACUGGGCAGGGAGACAGGCGGUGGACAGGCACGGCCCCUGGGCUCUGACCUGACACCCCUCGCCAUCACAUCUCUGGAUGCCUUCCCGGCCAGCCAUGCUGCUGAGUGGCCUCCUCCUCAUUGUGGCCACCACGACUGUGGCCCAGCGGAGGGGGCAGGAGACCGGCGGGCGCCGCCGGGCACACCGAGUCCAGCACGGCCAGUGCAGCUACACCUUCGUGCUGCCCGAGCCUGAGCCCUGCCCGCCCGAGCCCGACGCCUUCGGGGGCUCCAACAGCCUCCAGAGGGACUCCCCGGCAGCCGCGCUGAACCUAGGGGACUGGCCGACCCAGCGGGUACGACAGCUGGAAAAAAUGCUAGAGAACAACACACAGUGGCUGCAGAAGCUAGAAAGGUACAUCCAGAUGAACCUGAGGUUGGAGCUGGCGCAGGCCCAGCAGCACAUGGUCCAGAACCAGACAGCCACCAUGCUGGAGCUGGGCACCAGCCUCCUGAACCAGACCACCGCCCAGACCCGCAAGCUGACUGACGUGGAGGCUCAGGUCCUGAACCAGACAUCGAGAAUGGAGAUCCAGCUUCUGGAGACCUCACUGUCCACCAACAAGCUGGAGAAGCAGCUGCUGCUGCAGGGCCACGAGCUCCACCAGCUGCAGGGCCACAACAGCGCGCUGGAGACGCGGGUGCAGGCCCUGGAGACGCAGCAGCAGGCGGAGCUGGCCAGCCUCCGCGGCGAGAAGGAGCGGCUGCGGCGCCUGCUGGGCCGCCAGAGCGGCGCCCUCGCCGUCCUUGAGCGCAGCCUGCGCGCCGCCAGCAGCAACUCCAGCCUCCUGCAGCGCCAGCAGAGCCAGCUGCUGGAGUCGGUGCAGCGCCUGGUGCGCGUCGUGGCCCAGGGCCCGGUGUCCAUGAGGGCAGCUGAGCAGGUGUUCCAGGACUGUGCAGAGAUCCAGCGCUCCGGGGCCAAUGCCAGUGGCAUCUACACCAUCCAUGUGGCCAAUGUGACAGAGCCCAGAAAGGUGUUCUGUGACAUGGAGGCCAGUGGAGGUGGGUGGACCCUCAUCCAGCGCCGUGAGAAUGGCAGCAUGAAUUUCCAACGCAACUGGAGGGAUUACAAACAGGGCUUUGGCAACCCAGCUGGGGAGCACUGGUUAGGUAACGAGGUGGUGCACCAGCUCACCAGCAGGACAGCCUACUCUCUGCGCGUGGAGCUGCAAGAUUGGGAAGGCAACGAGGCCUACGCCCAGUAUGAGCAUUUCCAGCUGGGCAGCGAGGGGCAGCUGUACAGGCUUUCUCUGAGUGGGUACAGCGGCUCGGCGGGGCGCCAGAGCAGCCUGGUCCUGCAGGGCACCAACUUCAGCACCCGCGACGCAGACAACGACAACUGCCUCUGCAAGUGUGCCCAGAUGCUGUCUGGAGGAUGGUGGUUUGAUGCCUGCGGCCUCUCAAACCUCAAUGGCAUCUACUACCCGGCCCGCCACCACGUGCGCAAGCUCAACGGCAUCCGCUGGCACUACUUCCAAGGCCCCAGCUACUCACUGCGUUCUACUCGCAUGAUGGUGCGUCCCACAGACAUCUAAGGAGAAGCCACGCCUGGAGGCUGGUCCCACGGGAGGACCUGGAUGUGGUUUCCUCUGAACAAGCUGGACCCAAACACAGGACACAAUGCCAGGACCUUGUCCUGGACACCCUGGGUCCCCUGAGCCAGCCCUCCUUACCCCAGGAGUCCAGAAGAGUCACCUCCCUCCCUUUUUCCCUCAAGUUGUGAAAUGGUGGGUGUUUGGGGGUUCCUGCCUCUGCAUUGUCCCUAUUUCCUCUUCCCUCCUGCCUCCUGCAGAGCCCUCCGGCCAGCUUGAGGGUCACAGUACCCUGGAUGAGCUGAGAACAGAUUUAAUUGGGCUCCUCAAAGGAAUACACGACUAAUGGUGGGAUGUCAGGCAGGCGGGAAGGUAUUUACAGGCAGGAAACUGCCCAGAUGGAGGCCCAGAUUCUGUCCCUGGGUUGUUGGGAAGGCCAUCUCUUGUUCCAAGCUUUCUCAGCCUCGAGAUGUCCUUGAACUUUCUGUUCAGGACUGAAGGAGCUGCAUCCACCCUAUAACGGGAGUUAUUUCCACCGACACUGUCCACCACUCCUAGGCCCCAGCAUCUAAAGCUCAGACAUGGUUUCUCGGGGGCUCCAGGAGAUCUAAGAGGGAUUCCUUUACCCCUUGAAUGUCCUAGAAUAUAUUCCAGAGAGAAUAACUAGGACUCCCCUGUAAAAGUACCUGGGGUCAAGUGAGGGAGGGAAACACCAGGUUAAAUCAACGUGAACAGGCAUUCUUAGCUGCAGGCCUUGUCAAAGCCAUUACUGUGGUCAUGUGCUUAGUGACUGCCCAUGAAAGGGCUAGAGUAGGCAGCUUUCCCCAAAUUUAUUUAUUUGAAAAUGGGCCCUGAUUAUCCCAGAGCAUCUCUCUGGGCUGCGGAUACCCUUGGAAAAAGCUGGUCUUCGUAUGUCAUGAGCUGAAACCCCAGGUCACUAUCCCCAUCCCCAGCUGCUUUCACCAUUUCUAGCUACGAGGGACACAGUGACAUUCUCAGCCUCUAAAAACAACUGGAAGGAACCUUUGGGUUAAAACAGACACACCAUCGCUGAAGAAGGGUCUAGAACUAAGUUUCCUGUCUGUGCUCCAAGACUUCUCUGGCCGUAGAAAGCCAGAUCUCUGUCUGGGGGCUGCCCUCAGCACUCCCUGUGACCCCAGCUCAUACCAGCUCAAGUUCAGGGGCUCUUGGGGCCCACUCUGCCUUGAACAGGACACCAAUCGCUGGGUCCAGAUCCCUCCUGCCUCCAAGCCAGAGCUCCUAGCCUCCUCUUGCCUUGUCCAACAGCGAUGCUGCAGCUAGGGGUCCAUGGAGACUGGGCGGGCCUUUGCUGAGUCUGGGAGACCAGGGGCUCCUCAUGAACUUCUUUCAGAGAGGGGCCGCAGCCACUCUACCACCCAGUCCCAUUACUGUGUCACCCUCCUCAGACCUGAUAAGGCCACCAAAGUCCUGUCAUCCUCAGCCAACACCCGGGCCCAGCCCACGACCGACCUGUCCUACCGCCAGGUUGCGCCUCCGUCUUCAGAAGGUUUUCUGCUGGCUGAGGCUGCACGGUGGAAAUGGGGCACCUUCAUCCCACUGGGCUCUGCCCCCACCCCUGAGUCCCACCUCAGCCAAUCCACUGAUUAAACCCAGCACAGAUUAAUGCUGAUCUCCUUCAGGGAAACCAAAGGUUGUGGUUGCUAAUGGUGACUUCAGGCAGGAGGGAAAAGUACUUAGGGGCAGGUAGCUGCCCAGAAGGCUGACACAGCCUUAUCCAGCAUUUGCUCGGCAAGCCUUCAUUUAGUGUCUACGGUGUGCAGUGUGGUGCUGUUGGCAGGACUUUGGAGUCAGACAGACCUGCUCCAGCUCUUGAACUUGAAGCCAGUGGCUCAGCCUCUCAAGGCCUCAAUCAUCUGGUCUGUGAAAUGGAGAUGGUGAUACUCCCUCCUUGCUGUGCUGGGGCAGGAGGAAAUGAAACCUUGUAUUGCAACUUCUUAACAGAGCCUGGCAUGAAACAAGUGCCUAAUAAAUGUUAGUUCCCAAAGAGGUGAAUGGGGUGGAGAAAUCGGCCCCCUAGUGCAUGCCACCCCUUCUUCUGGACCCAG